AUGGCUCCACAGAUCCCUCACCCUAGCCAUCCGCUCCAUCUCUUUCGCCACAUGCUCCGAGAGGCCACAUACCUCCCUCCUCUCUGCCGGCCGUGGAUAACUUCUCGUAUCCAGGCCCGCUUCCGCGACUGUCGUUACAAGCCGGACCCCAAGCCUCACAUCAAAGAUGCCCACUGCUCCCUACGCUACCUCCGCUCCGCUAAUGCCGGCCACGUCCGGCGGAUGCUACGCCUCUGCUUCCUGGCAAUGGGGAGGAUUGGGAAGCGCCGUCGUCUCCUAGCCUCGUCUGAGCUAGCCAGCCGGCCUGCUGCGAACUCUGCGGAGCUAGACGAGGCAGCCAGGAUCGCCGCCGAUCCGCUCGAAUCGGCGGGGAUACACCAAUUUCCAGACGGCAGGCCGCGCGAGCCGGACUGGUUGGACAACUGGUCUGUGGACAAGCUCAAGGCGAUGGCCCACUCGCAAUCCGAGCAUCAGAGCAGCAUGUGGCCCGUCGUUAUGCGGCGCAUCAUCGAUCCCAAGCGAGCAAUCCCAAGUGAGAACUCGUUCGGCCGGCCUCUUACCAACAAGCUAGCGAGGAACAAGUUGAAGAAGCAUUGGGCGAGUGUUCUUCACCAAUUAUUACCCCCGUUGCCGCACGGUGAAUGGGACAAUCUACGCACCUUGGCGAAUGGGGAGGCCGGCCCCGAGCACUACGCAGUGCCGCCGAGGCGGGCGUUGGCUCAAUCACACUAUCCCCAACCCGACCCUUCCAGGUUUGACUGGACGAGCUACGUUACCAAACCGGUGAAAGCCGUAGAGAGGGGAAGCUCGCGGAAGAUGAAGAGUCUCAGCGGCCGCGAGGAUGACGAUCCCCGGGGACAUGGUCGACCUAUCGGUCUCCGGGUAUUUAAUCGGAGAAUACUACGUCGCGGCAUCUACAGCCUUGUCUGGGAGACAUCCCCAAAAGUAGAAAUGAACCCGCGCUCGGGGAAAUUGGCCGUCAGCUGGGGCAAGCGCGAGAUAGCAUUGCCGCGUCCUCAAAAAAAGGAUCUGCAGUUCUUCCAGGGCGUCGACAAAGCCGGCGUGCCCAGCCGAUCGACGGGCGACCGAUCGGCAGGUCGAGCGGGAGCUAGCUGA